AUGCUCCACCAUGGUCGAUUCGUGUUGGUGCUAGUCCCUGUGUCAGCUCGUUGGCGACCGUUUCAGUGCUUGUUGUGGCCCAUUUUUCUUACCCGGCCACGUGAGCAGCAGUUGCCAUGUCAGGUUGCUCCAGGUUCCAUCCCGGCGGACCUCGUUGCAACUGCUGUUGGUCAGAAGGUCACAACCCCAAAUGGUGUUGUUUAUGAGCCCCUUGAGCUGGGUACAUCUGAGACGGGCCCAAGAAAUGGGCCACCACGUGGAGGAGCCAAUCUUCUGCUCAAGUAUGCAGCGCACAUCCAGAGCUUCGAUGGCCCUGUUGUAGAUUCGUCGACGUUCAGAGGCUCGCGCAAGCCCAACAAGGUCGACUAUGUCGAAUGCAGGCUAAACGUUGACCCUUCGCUUCCAAAUUGUCUCUUCGAAGUCCGGCCCUUGGCCCUUGGUUGGCGGAUGUUGGCCGGCCUUGUUUCAAGAAAGUAG